UCCACAACAACAUUCAUCUUGUUUACUUUCUUACAACGAUUUCUUAUCUUUUUCUCCAAUUUUUCUUAUCAGGUCGAAUCUGACAGAAUCAUUAUAGAAGAAAUAAAGAAGUGAAAGAAAUAUGUCUAUAUAUAAAGAUCUUCCAGAGGAGCAUCCUAGAAAACUAAUACCAGAACUAUGCCGGCAAUUUUACCAUCUUGGUUGGGUAACUGGCACUGGUGGAGGCAUGAGCAUUAAAUAUAACAACGAAAUUUAUAUAGCCCCAUCGGGAGUACAAAAGGAACGUAUGCAACCAGAUGAUUUAUUCGUACAGGAUGAGGAAGGAAAAGACAUUAUGUUACCACCGGAUUACAAAAAGCUAACGAAAAGUCAGUGUACGCCCUUAUUUAUGCUCGCUUAUCGUCAUAGAAGAGCGGAAGCUGUGAUACACACACAUUCGCAGCAUGCAGUAAUGGCAACUUUAUUAUGGCCUGGAGAAGUCUUCCGUUGCACACAUUUGGAGAUGAUUAAAGGCGUUUACGAUGAGGACUUAAACCGUUAUCUACGAUACGAUGAAGAACUAGUCGUGCCAAUUAUAGAGAACACUCCAUUUGAACGAGAUUUAGCAGAUAGCAUGUAUGCUGCUAUGCUUAAGUAUCCCGGUUGUAGUGCGGUGCUAGUUCGACGUCAUGGCGUGUAUGUUUGGGGUAAAAGCUGGGAAAAAGCUAAAACAAUGUCUGAGUGCUAUGAUUACCUCUUCUCUAUUUGCGUGGAGAUGAAGAAGAGUGGGUUAAAUCCUGAAAUUUUUUAACGAAUAACAUAGUAAUUAUAAGAAAAAAUUGUGCAUUUUAUUAUUCCUAAAAGUGAAUAAGCAAAGAACCUUUAAUAAAGAUCUUAAGUCAUGCCUUUUAAAGGCUAAUGAUAAAGAUGUCCUUAAAUCUGCAUUCAACAUUCUUAUGGACAUAAAUCAAAAUUAAAACUUCUGUUUUAUUGAAUGUUAAAAUAAUUCAACACCGUAUAUCUUUCAGCAGAGAAUGGGUAUUCAAACAUAUAGCAGAGAACGUAAAUUAUGAUAUACGUUCUUUGGAUAUAGAUUCCACAAAUGUGAAGGGCACCACUCUUUCUGAUUUUAUGUCUUCAUAUGACAUUUGCGUAUGUGUCAAAAAAUUUACGAACCGCCCCUGUGGAUUAUCUUUGACUUGUUUCCCCUACUUUAUUUGCUGUCAUUCUCGUUUAUGCUUUUGCCAACGAAAUACUAAUUCGAAAAUACGCUUACCCCUAGUUGUUUUUAAUCAAAAACGCAAAAAAACAAAUAGGAAUUAAAUAUGAUUUUUGUAUCUGCAAAAAUUUUUUGUUCAUCGAAUAAAUACGGUGUCAGUGAUUUACAAAGUGCGAUCUUGUGAAAUAUAUCAGGAAAAUUGUUUCAUAGAGUUGGUUAUUUGCUACGCUCCACUUGUGAAAAACGCGAGUCUUCCGAAAUUAUUGUUGGGGCAUAUGAAUACAAAAUGAAAUAUUUUAUACCUAAUUACGUCAACAAAAAAAGCAAAAAUACAAAUACAUACCUACAAAUAUAAAUAUAAAUAUAUAUAAAUGUGGACAAAAUAUAAUUGAAAAGAAAUAUAAAACUAACGGUGCCAAAAAAACAUCCAUACAGUAAAAAAAAAGUUAUUGAGUUAAAUGUGUACAUGUACAACAACAAAAAUAAAAAACAGUUUAAUAUUUUGCGUAGCGCAGUACAGUCUUGUACGGUAUUUGUUAGUUCUAUUUGACAUCAAACAUUGUAAAAUGGUCUCUGAAUGUAGCAGACACUCCCCAGAUUGCUAAAAUAUAUUCUUGUUUAAAUUAAAUUUUUAAGUUUACAAAAAUAAUUCUUAGCAGCUGAAAUUUUUGUUGAAAUAAAAAAUUAAGCCUGACAAUUACCGCAGGCAAGGUAGAAUUACAAGUGACGGUGGAUGAAGCAAAGAAAAAGUGAGGAAUUAAAAUGGCAAAAGAGUCGGGUUUAAGAGUUAAAGUGGAUAUUACUGAACCGGAUUUGGUUGAUUUACUGUCGGUUUUCGCGAAAAAAGCAUUUGAUGCAACUACAACUGAGCCUGGAUCAUUAGAUGCGCUUAUCCUGCAUAAUUGCGAAUAUCUGAUGAGCCUUGACUACAAUGUGUUUCAAAUAGAUAACACUGGUGGCGUAUUUUCUGCCGGCUACCCGCCAACUAUUUUUGUGCCCGAAUCCGAACAUGACCACGUGGCAAUAGUCGGUGAUAGUUCGGCGCACGUAUCGUGUAAUUCAAACGGCACAAACGGUUUCGAAAGUGCUAAUGGCAGUGACUGUAAUGCAAAAAAUCGAAAACCCUACCGUCAUACCAAUGGGAGCAACACGCGCAGCAUUACUCCGACACUUGAAAAUGAGAAUAGCAAUGGAAAUAGUUGUGAUAAUUACACAGGGAAUGGCAGUGAUAGCGAUAGUAGUAUUCAAUCGUUUGUUACCGUCUCACGACCACAACGUCCGCCAAAACAGCGUACCAUCUAUGAAGAAAUGUAUGAUGCCAAUAGAAUACGUGAUCUUAUAACUCGUGCUCGAUAUGCACGAUGUCGUCAACGUUUCGUUGCGCCUGUUAUAUAUUUUCGUGGUCAGUACAUUUGCCGAUCAGCUACAGUAUCUGUGGUGCACGAAACUUAUUCUCGGUACGCUUACGAUUACAUAACAUCGGGGAGUACCAACGAAACACAACAACGAACGCAUGAUGAAGAAAAUCCUGAUUCUUCGGAUGAUUCAUUAGUAAAUGAUUCGCCAUCGCCAUUUUCCUACAGUGAAGUGAUCAGAAGUGACAUUGCCCUACUAAAUACGCUCAAUAUCAAAACUAUCGCCGAUUUGAUGGUUGAGCAAAGGAAGAUCAAAUUCUUUAUAACCAUAUCCUCAUCGGAGAAAGCCGAUCCUGAGCAUAGCUAUAAAAAUUUCAAUUUACUCGCCCUGCCAUAUCCCGGUUGUGAGUUCUUCAAAAAAUUUCGUGAAUAUAAUUAUAUGGCACCUAAUUUGCAUUACAAUUGGAAAAAUCCAUUUAACAAUGCCAAUAUAAGUAUACCGAAAAUCGGACCAGCAAUGGAUCUUGACAUUAACUGGGAGGAAUACCGAAAUUGGGAUUUGGUAGUGAUCACACAAAAUUACCUUAAAGCAAUGCUUAAAUAUGUGCAGGAAGAGAAUAGUGGCCUUUUAGUACAUUGUAUAAGCGGUUGGGAUCGCACCCCACUGUUCAUCUCUUUGCUACGCCUAUCGCUUUGGGCGGACGGUCUUAUACAUCAAUCACUAAAUUAUAUACAGAUGACUUACUUCACAUUGGCAUACGAUUGGUAUUUAUUUGGGCAUCAACUUCCAAGCCGCGAGAAACGUGGCGAAGAUAUUAUAGUCUUUUGUUUUCACAUGCUGAAAUUUUUAACCAGCGAAGAAUUCAGUUUAGGCGAGCAUAGAAAACGAACAAAAACAACCAGCAGUAGUGGUAGUUGUGGGCUCGCACCAAAAAUGGAAGAUGACGCCGCUUUAAGAGAAGAACUAUUUUUAGCCGCCUGCGAUCAUGAUAGUAAUGAUAGUUUUUCAAAUAAUUCCAACUGUGAUUUGCAAAUAACUGACACAUUAAACGCUAUUACAAUACCCAACACAUCGUCACAAGCAACAACGACCAAUAAUACUACAAUUCCUAAUCGUUCACCUAAUUCUAAACGCACACGCACAAGUCCUAUGCCGGUGCCAGGUGCAAAUUCGGCGCGUCAACGACAAGAAUCGGUAUCAUCCAACAGCAGUUGGCACUUAGUGACAGAAACUGGCUCCAUAGAUUCCGUUGUAGCUGGUAGUUAUAUGCGUAAUCAUGCUGCACAACGUUCAGAGAGCGGUUCGGUGAAUUCAAACAGCAGUACUCAAUCCAGUAAACGCUCCAAUGGCAGCACUACAAAGAAUAGUGGAAGCGACACAGUAGAUAGCAGUCCAAGUGCUCAUAAUUCAAGCGGUGGCAGCAAUAUUAGUGGCACUAGUUUUAGUAGUGCUGUAAGCAGCCAUAGCGGUGACACAAAUAAUACUACACUGCCAACAACAAUCGAAGGCACCGCGAGUGCUAGUAAUGGUGAACAAGCGAAAUCGUUGUCACCGAAACCAAGUGACGAUCGAUUUCUGACUGAACGCGAGAGACGUUUAAAUAAUGUUCGUGCCAUCUUCGUUCGUGCUUAUGGUAAAGGUGUGGGCCUCAAAUUGAGGGAAGGUAGCGGCAUAAAUCUUGGAACGUUCAUUUCAACUUUAUUCUGAAGUGAUGGAUAUAAUUUGAACAAGCGACGUAAAUUAAGUGUACACAAACAUACAUACAUAUAUACACACAUAAAAACACACUUGUAAUUUUACCAAAUUCGUUUUUAAUUUAAUUUAGUUUUUCGUUUUUGUAUUGUUUUAUUAUUUUUAAGGAAAUUUAAAAGUAAAUGUCUGCCAUAAUCGGUUUUAUCAGGCAAUUGUGUCCUUCUUACUGUUUGUUAGAAAAAUUUACAUACGUUGUACCCUAAUUAAAAUUCAAAAAACGGUUGUCAUACGAAAUAUUUUAUUAUAUGCCAAAACAAAUUUUAUAUUUACAAAAGCAGGUAUGCACAUUAACGAAAUUGAUAAAAUAAUAUUUAGUUUUAAUUUUUCCAUAUUGAAUAUUUGUUAGUGCACCGUUAAGUAUUUCAUACAAAAGAAAAACAGAGUUCUUCAUUAUACUUAUGGCGUACGAUAAAUGUUGAAUUAAAAAACAUUUUGAAAAUUAAUCAACCAUUUGCCCUAGAACACAAAAGCUACAAUAAAGAAAUUAUGUGUUUCAUUUAGAGUUUUUAAGUGAGCAUUGCCCUCAGACUGGCCAUUGCUUUAAUUUUUUUUACUUUAAGUACAUACAUAUGUUUGUAUAUCAUAUAUUCUAAUGGAGAAAACAACUCUGACUUGCUUCUUUUCGCAUUUCACAAUUAAAUUUCAUUCAUUACACAAGUUUUUUUUUGUGUACUACAAGGAAUGUGUUACUAUAUAAACUAUAAAUAUAUAUCUGGGUUGUGUGUUCCCCAAAGAUGAAUGUAUAUUGAACGGUACGCAUUUUUGAAUUGCUGCUUAUGUAUUUUAUGUUUUCACCGAGAAAUCGCUGCCGCCACACUAUUUUGUAAUUUUGAUAUGAAAUUUUGAUAUUAAAAAGUGUACUCGUGUGUGCAUUUUCUUCCUGUUUUAAUUUUUCUCUUUUUAUGUACAAGUUUCACUUAAAAGAGAAUUCACUAACUUAAAAUUAAGCAAACUUAAUUUCAAAAGAAUCGAAUGAAAAUAAAGAUAAAUCCAAAAGACGA